UGAAAUCUAACAGAAUGGCAGACAUAGACAACAAAGAACAGUCUGAACUUGAUCAACAGGAUAUGGAAGAUGUUGAAGAAGUAGAAGAAGAAGAAAGUGGUGAAGAUGCCAACAGCAAAGCUCGGCAGUUGACUGUGCAGAUGAUGCAAAAUCCUCAGAUUCUUGCAGCCCUUCAGGAAAGACUUGAUGGUCUGGUAGGAACAUCUACAGGAUACAUAGAAAGCUUGCCUAAAGUUGUUAAAAGACGUGUGAACGCUCUCAAGAACCUGCAAGUUCAGUGUGCACAGAUAGAAGCAAAAUUCUAUGAGGAAGUUCAUGAGCUGGAAAGGAAGUAUGCUGCUCUCUAUCAGCCUUUAUUUGACAAGCGAAGUGAAAUCAUCAAUGCAAUUUAUGAACCUACAGAAGAAGAAUGUGAAUGGAAAACAGAUGUUGAAGAAGAAAUUUCAGAGCAAAUGAAAGAGAAAGCCAAGAUUGAGGAUGAAAAAAAAGAUGAAGAAAAAGAAGACCCUAAAGGAAUUCCUGAGUUUUGGCUGACAGUAUUCAAGAAUGUGGACUUGCUCAGUGAUAUGGUUCAGGAACAUGAUGAACCUAUCCUGAAAUACUUAAAAGAUAUAAAAGUGAAAUUUUCAGAAGCUGGACAGCCUAUGAGUUUCACAUUAGAAUUUCAUUUUGAACCAAAUGACUACUUCACAAAUGAAGUGUUGACGAAGACGUAUAGAAUGAGGUCGGAGCCAGAUGAUUCUGAUCCCUUUUCCUUUGAUGGACCCGAAAUCAUGGGUUGUACAGGUUGCCAAAUAGACUGGAAAAAGGGAAAGAAUGUUACUUUAAAAACCAUUAAGAAGAAGCAGAAACAUAAGGGCCGUGGAACAGUUAGGACAGUGACAAAAACUGUUUCAAAUGACUCGUUCUUCAAUUUCUUUAAUCCUCCUGAAGUUCCUGAAAAUGGAGACCUGGAUGAUGAUUCUGAGGCAAUCCUUGCUGCAGACUUUGAAAUAGGUCAUUUCCUGCGUGAGCGCAUAGUCCCCCGGUCAGUGUUGUACUUCACAGGAGAAGCUAUUGAAGAUGAUGAUGAUGAUUAUGAUGAAGAAGGUGAUGAAGAGGCAGAUGAUGAGGAGGGAGAAGAAGAAGCCGAUGAUGAAAAUGAUCCUGAGUAUGACCCAAAAAAGGAUCAAAACCCAGCAGAAUGCAAGCAGCAGUGAAGCAGUGUGUAUGUGGCCUUGAGGAUUACCUGCACUGUAAUAGCCUAAAUAAAACUAUUAGUUACUUACAGCCUUAUGUUUUGUAUCUUGGUAGAAUUAAGUAACCAAUUUGUUAAAAAAAGAAAUCAAACACAUAAGAACCAGUUUAAAAUGUAGGUUCAAUCUACCUAGCAUUUUAACAGUAUAAUUUUCUGCCAAUAUGUAGAAUGCAGUAAAUCCCCUAAAGCAUGAAUGUUAAUUCAAUGCUACAUAGUUUGGUUCUUGUGAAGUCUUUGUCAUGUAGCUAUUAGACUGCAGCUGUGAAGAUUAUCAGAACUGUUAACUGAGACCAAUAUUUGUUUAGAUAAAACUUUCUCCUGAAGAACCAACCAAAGUAUUUUUUCAGCCCAGUAGUCUGAACGGGUUUAAGUCUGCUUGCACUAGCUGUGCCUUCAUUACUUUGUUAGAGAAAUGGCAGUGACUUGUACUAACUAGGAGAUGAUGAUGCAUUUGGAAUUUGACUACUUGAGAAGACUAGUACAACUUGUUUAAUUUCCAACGAGACCACAUUAAACAUUCAUAGGUGUCAGCUUGUUUAUGCUAUGGGUUUUGUAUUUUAUGUGACACGGUGAUCUACAAAAGAAACCUAGCCAUUAUGUUAAGGUUAUUGUUUACCACUGGGGUGUGAAUAAAACCUAGUAUUUUCAGAAGCUA